GCAGACUCUCAAACAAAGCGUUCUAGCAGGGCUUGGGGAGCCUCUGGAGAAAAGCCAGGCCCCUCAUGUUACAAGGAGGCCGUGUCUUCUGGCGCCCAUGCCUGAAGUUACAGGAGGGAAGAAUUACUGCUGCUGACUUUUGAGUGGAUUUUAAAGCUGGGUAAACUGAGGCUCAGAGAGAGUCUCACUCUGUCACCCAGGCUGGAGUGCACUGACGUGAUUUCGGCUCACUGCAACCUCCGCGUCCUGGGUUCAAGCGAUUCUCCUGCCUCAGGCUUCCAAGUAGCUGGGACUACAGGGCAAUUUGCAUAUUUCUCCGAAGAACCAUCCAGAACCUGAGCAGCCCGUCUUCAAACAGAGAGAGGCCCACGGCUGUUUCUUGAAAUCUGGGGCUGGGAAUGGCCACGUGGAACAGGCCAUGCCAGAAGCUGCCUCAGCGGCCUCUGGUAGCUGAACCCACUGCAGAGGGGGAGCCACACCUACCCAUGGGCCGGGAGCUGACUGAGGCCAACCGCUUCGCCUAUGCUGCCCUCUGUGGCAUCUCCCUGUCCCAGCUAUUUCCUGAACCCGAACACAGCUCCUUCUGCACAGAGUUCAUGGUAGGCCUGGUAAAGUGGCUGGAGUUGUCCGAAGCCGUCUUGCCAACCAUGACUGCUUUUGCGAGCGGCCUGGGAGGUGAAGGAGCAGAUGUGUUUGUUCAGAUUUUACUGAAGGACCCCAUCUUGAAGGACGACCCGACGGUGAUCAUUCAGGACCUUCUGAGCGUCUCACUCAAGGAUGGGCACUAUGAUGCCCGGGCCAGAGUCCUCGUGUGCCACAUGACCUCCCUGCUCCAGGUGCCCUUGGAGGAGCUGGAUGUCCUUGAAGAGACGUUCCUGGAGAGCCUGAAGGGAAUCAAAGAGGAGGAAUCUGAAAUGGCCGAGGCAUCCCGGAAGAAGAAAGAAAACCGGAGGAAAUGGAAGCGUUAUCUCCUGAUAGGCCUGGCGACUGUCGGAGGCGGAACAGUGAUCGGUGUGACCGGAGGUCUAGCUGCGCCCCUUGUUGCCGCUGGAGCAGCGACGAUUAUUGGCAGCGCGGGGGCGGCGGCUCUGGGCUCAGCAGCCGGCAUAGCCAUCAUGACCUCGCUGUUUGGUGCAGCUGGAGCUGGCCUGACAGGAUACAAGAUGAAGAAGCGAGUGGGAGCCAUUGAAGAGUUCACAUUUCUGCCUCUGACGGAGGGCAGGCAGCUGCACAUCACCAUCGCCAUCACUGGGUGGCUCGCGUCCGGCAAAUACCGCACCUUCAGUGCCCCAUGGGCCGCCCUGGCCCACAGCCGUGAGCAGUACUGCCUGGCCUGGGAAGCCAAGUACCUGAUGGAGCUCGGCAACGCCCUGGAGACCAUCCUCAGUGGUCUCGCCAACAUGGUGGCCCAGGAGGCUCUAAAGUACACAGUAUUGUCUGGCAUUGUGGCUGCCCUGACCUGGCCAGCCUCACUCCUCAGUGUCGCCAAUGUCAUCGACAACCCGUGGGGGGUGUGUCUCCAUCGAUCAGCAGAGGUUGGCAAGCACCUGGCGCACAUCCUGCUUUCCCGGCAGCAGGGCCGGCGACCUGUCACCUUGAUUGGCUUCAGCCUGGGAGCCAGAGUCAUCUACUUCUGUCUGCAGGAGAUGGCUCAGGAGAAAGAUUGCCAAGGGAUCAUUGAGGAUGUCGUCCUGCUGGGUGCACCUGUGGAGGGAGAAGCGAAGCACUGGGAGCCUUUCCGGAAGGUGGUGUCCGGGAGGAUCAUCAACGGCUACUGCAGAGGAGACUGGCUGCUGAGUUUCGUGUACCGCACGUCCUCGGUGCAGCUCCGUGUCGCCGGCCUACAGCCUGUGCUGCUGCAGGACAGGAGGGUGGAGAAUGUGGACUUGACCUCUGUGGUCAGCGGCCACCUGGACUAUGCCAAGCAGAUGGACGCCAUCCUGAAGGCUGUGGGCAUCCGUACCAAGCCAGGCUGGGAUGAGAAGGGGCUCUUGCUGGCCCCAGGCUGCCUGCCCCCCGAGGAGCCUCGCCAGGCAGCAGCUGCCGCCUCAUCAGGAGAUAUCCCCCACCACGCUGGGCAAACCCAGGGUCCCACAUCCGGAGACACCUCCAAAUUGGCCAUGUCCACAGACCCCAGCCAAGCCCAGGUGCAGGCAGGGCUGGACCAAUCUGAAGGGGCCUCCCUUCCUGCUGCUGCCAGCCCUGAAAGCACCCCCAUCUGCAGCCAUGGCACGGACCCCAACCCACUGGGCUGCCCCGAUUGUGCCUGCAAGACCCAGGACCCCAGCCCGGGGCUGGACUGACCACAGCAGGGGACCUGAGCCAUCCUUCCCAAUCUCUGUAUGCAGCUCUCUCUCAUACCCUCGGGUUCCUCCCAGGAGCUCUGGAGGUGCAGAAUUUCCACCAGUCUCUUUCCUAAACUGAAGGAAUUAGGACUGAAAGGGAAAGGAAAUGGAAGGAAGGAGAAUUUGGAAGAGAGAACACGCCCACCCUGGGGAAGCUGCCUAUCCCCAGGGAAACCCCACCAGGGAGCAGCCGUCCCCUCAUCAGACACCUGCAGAGUCAACCAAGCACGGCUUAGAGCCCCAGAACUGGAAGCCAGCUGUGGGCUUUCUGUGCUUCCUCUCAUAGCUUUGGAGUCUGGCUGCCCAUCAGGAGGUCCCGGGGGCUCUCUGGGACCUGAGGCUCCCACACCACCUCUCCCCUGGCCUCAGUAAAACCAGGUGUAUGCCUGCUCUUCCAUCCACACUCCAGCCCACCAGCUGACAGCCACCAUCAACUGGCAGUAACCGAGCAGGCGCAGGUACAAAGAGGGCAGCUCACUCCUGCUCUUAGGAGAUCCAGUCAGAUCUGCCCUGUACAGCCAUGCAGGCUGUGCACUGCACAACUCCAGGGACAUUAGUCACACAGAUGCAAUGUGAGUGUGCUCCCCCAUCACGCAACAUCUGGACAUAACUAACAGAGCAUGGUGAAUACAUGCUGAAUUGCUUUCAGUAAGGCUGUGAACUAGGCCUGGGGACAAGAAUGAAUUUUACAUGGAAAGAAUUUCCUGUAGCAGGAACAGAGGGGAUAACAACAGCAAUAAAUAACAAUAAGAAGCUACCACUUCUUGAGCAUGUACCACA